GGGCGUGGGCGGGGCGUGGCCGGGGCGUGGCCAGGCCUGCACGGGGCCAGGCAAGAUGGCGGCCAUGGAUACCGAGUCGGCGCCCCUAACCCUAGAAUCGCUGCCCACCGACCCCCUGCUCCUCAUCUUAUCCUUCUUGGACUACCGGGACCUAAUCAACUGUUGCUAUGUCAGUCGAAGACUCAGCCAGCUAUCAAGUCAUGAUCCGCUGUGGAGAAGACAUUGCAAAAAAUACUGGCUGAUAUCCGAGGAAGAUAAAACACAGAAGGACCAGUGUUGGAAAUCCCUCUUCAUUGAUACUUACUCUGAUGUAGGAAGAUACAUUGACCAUUAUGCUGCUAUUAAAAAGGCCUGGGAUGAUCUCAAGAAAUACUUGGAACCCAGAUGUCCUCGGAUGGUUUUAUCUCUGAAAGAGGGUGCUCGAGAGGAAGACCUAGAUGCUGUGGAAGCUCAGAUCGGCUGCAAGCUUCCUGAUGAUUAUCGGUGUUCCUAUCGUAUCCACAAUGGGCAGAAGUUAGUUGUUCCUGGGUUGUUGGGAAGCAUGGCACUGUCUAAUCACUACCGUUCUGAGGAUUUGUUAGAUGUCGACACGGCUGCUGGAGGCUUCCAGCAGAGACAGGGACUGAAAUACUGUCUCCCUUUAACUUUUUGCAUACACACUGGUUUGAGUCAGUACAUAGCAGUGGAAGCUGCGGAGGGCCGAAACAAAAAUGAAGUCUUCUACCAAUGUCCAGACCAAAUGGCUCGGAAUCCAGCUGCUAUUGAUAUGUUUAUCAUAGGUGCUACUUUUACUGACUGGUUUACUUCUUAUGUCAACAGUGUUGUAUCAGGUGGCUUCCCUAUCAUCAGAGACCAAAUUUUCAGAUAUGUUCAUGAUCCAGAGUGUGUAGCAACGACUGGGGAUAUUACAGUUUCAGUUUCCACAUCAUUUCUGCCAGAACUUAGCUCUGUACAUCCACCCCAUUAUUUCUUCACAUACCGAAUCAGGAUUGAAAUGUCAAAAGACGCCCUUCCUGAAAAGGCUUGUCAGUUAGACAGUCGUUACUGGAGAAUAACAAAUGCUAAAGGUGAUGUGGAAGAAGUUCAAGGACCUGGAGUAGUUGGUGAAUUUCCAAUCAUCAGCCCAGGCCGGGUAUAUGAAUAUACAAGUUGUACCACAUUCUCUACAACAUCAGGCUAUAUGGAAGGAUAUUAUACUUUCCAUUUUCUUUACUUUAAAGACAAGAUCUUUAAUGUCGCCAUUCCCCGAUUCCAUAUGGCAUGUCCGACAUUCAGGGUGUCUAUAGCUCGAUUGGAAAUGGGUCCUGAUGAAUAUGAAGAGAUGGAAGAGGAAGAAGAGGAGGAGGAGGAGGAAGACGAUGACGAUUCGGCAGACAUGGAUGAAUCUGAUGACGAUGAGGAAGAGAGGCAGAGGAGAGUCUUCGAUGUUCCCAUUCGAAGACGCCGCUGCUCUCGCCUGUUUUAGCAAGCCUCUGCUGAUGGAAGCCCUGGGAUGAAUCUAGGCUUUUGAAUGGAUGUCUCAAUAAUGUCAAUAACUAAACUGUUCUCAGCUUAUAUUAAUAGCAGGAAGACUAGCAUGAAAUACUGUGCCAGGCCCUGGGUUCUGUGAGAUGCUCCUUUAGGAAUUGGAUUGUUUGGGUUUGUUUGUGGUUUUGAGGUAGAGGAAGAAAUGGGAAUCUUUUUUUCUCUUCUAGGAGUUAAUGGGAGAAUAGUUAUCUAGCUAAGGAACAGACAUUACUUUAUUUAAAAAUAUUUUAUACUUAUAAAAAUAUGGAAGCGGAAGGGAAUUGGUUUGAAAGAGGGUUUAAGAUGAAUCAAAUACCUACACAAGGAUAGAGAGAAACUAUGUGACUGAAUGGUUCUGUGAAAAGACGUAUAAGUUAUUUAGAAAUGAACAGAAUUUGUAAUUAGGCUAAUCCAUUUAGUGAUUCCUAUAUAUUUUGUACCUACAGGGAACUAACUGACUAAAUAGCUUGACUGCCAGUUGUUUGUCCUUUCUUAGACAAUCUAUCCUUCAAUUUAGAGUUUUCGUUACAACCUUGAAUUUGAAGCUAUCGGUAAGGCCUUGACCAUAAAUCUAGUCUUCAACUCUACCAACUUUGAAUUUAAUUUAAGGUUUUCAACACUAUGACCUUUACCACACUGUUCACAGAUGCUUCAUUUUUGAAAUGUAGGGCGUAAAAAGUAUGUAUUGUGUUUAUUAACAAGGUUCUUCACAGUGUCUCAUGUAGUCUAAAUUUGUAAAUACUGCCUUUGUUUUGUUACUUGACUGUCUUAACUUUGUGAUAAGUAACAUGCAUUUUAUCUUAAGAUCAAGUAUGUUUUCCUGAAACAUAAAAGUUUUUUUUUUUGGUAAUUAUAUAUAAUGGAGAGUUUGGAAAUGAAAUCCUCCAAAUGUCAAAACCUCACAUUUUGAAAACAAAUUUUGGUUCCAAUCCUGUA